GUUGGUCUCCACCGACGCAAGCAAGCGGCCACGGAGGGCCAAUCCAGCAGCCAUGUCGUCGGCUCCUCGAGUCCAGCGGGCGGCGACGCGCUACCGGCCGGGCAAGGCGCCCGCUGGUGCGAACCAGCAGCCGCUCGACUCGGAUUCUGACGAGUCCGAGUCUGAGCUGCAGCCAACGCAGAAGCAGAAGCAGCAGCCGAAAGAGGAAGAGGUGGACCUGUCGACGGGCAUCAAGGCGCUCCAGGACCGGCAGCAGAGACGGACGGCGGGUAUCGUGAUCCAGCAGGGCGCGAGCGUGCCUAGUCUGAAAGAUGUCCAGGUCGGCAAGAAGGAGGAAGUCGAAGAGAGCAGCGACGAAUAUGAGACGGACACGGAUGAGGAAGAGCCGCCGAAAUCUGUCUUUCGACCGAAAGCGGCAGCCGCCGGUGUCGCAGCUCCACCACCUGUCACGGCUGGUGCCGCCCAGAAAGAAGAAUCGUCGGAAUACGAGACGGACAGCGAGGAGGAGGAGUCCUCGGAGGAAGAAGAGGCGCCCAAACCGCUGCUCAAGCCUCUGUUUCAGUCAAAGAAGCAGCGCGAGUCUUCAGCGCCGAAAGCGGCCGAGGCAGGCGGCAUCGAUGCAAAGAUGGCAGCAGGAGCAGGAGCAGAUGGCGACGACGAAGAAGCCAAGGCGCGUGCACAGGCCGAGGCGCGCCGAAUGGAGUCGCAUAACCUCGCCGCGGAGCGUAUCAAACGCGAGGUACUCGAAGCGGCCGCUGCGAAAGAGGCUCAGACGGAUGUGGACGACACGGACGGCCUGGAUCCCGACGCCGAAUUCCAGGCCUGGCGGAUCCGGGAGCUGGAGCGCAUCAAACGAGACCGCGAGGCUGCGUCUGCGCGUGAGGAAGAGAGGGAGGAGAUUGAGCGCCGGCGAGCCAUGCCUGAGGCUCGGCGCCUCCAAGAGGACAUGGAGCAUGCCAAGAAGACGAGAGACGAGAAGGUCCGGGGCAACGCAGGCUUUAUGCAGAAGUACUACCACAAGGGAAGCUUCUUCCAGGAUUUCGACAUUCUUAAAAAGAGAGACUACACAGAGGCGACGGAGGGCGCCGUCGACAAGAGCCUGCUGCCAAAGGUGAUGCAGGUCAGGGACUACGGAAAGGCGAGCAGGAGCAAGUGGACCCAUCUGGCAAACGAGGACACGUCGAGGAGGCAGGAGGAUCCGCGCUGGAAGGGCAUGUCGAGGCGCGACGAAGAAGGGAGAGAUGGGUCUCAGAGGAGGAGAGACGAGACAAAGACGGGGGCGAACCGCGCAGACAUUCGCAGGGGCGAACAGCGGCAAUGGGGAGGCGAGCGACGCAGAUCGCGCUCCCCAGACCGUUCCAGGCGACGAGAAGACGAGCCACGCCGUUGAUGGAAAGCACACCUGCACUCAUGUACUGUACUUGUACCAUUCAUUGCCAAUUGUGC